AAAGAAAUUUGUGAAGAAACCGCAAACUUUAAUUUCGGCAAAGAUGGCAGAACCUGAUAAUUAUGAUGAUGAGUUGGUUUCUAGUAACACUACAAAACGAAACUGGAGAGGUAUCCUUAUAGCAGUGCUGGUCAUAGUUUUAGUUUUGGCUCUAAUAGUGACCAGUGUGGUGCUCCUGACCCCACCAGAUGAAGGACCAAGGGUCAAAGGACUCCGAAUACGAAUGCAGGACAUUGUGGACGGGGAUUAUAAUCCUUUGAGAUUCAAUGGAACAUGGAUAUCUGCGGACGAACUCAUAUAUUUGGACAAGUGGGGCGGAAUAAGCUUAUUAUUCGCUUCGAAUCAAUCAGAAAAGACUCUAUUAUCCAACCAGACAUAUAGGAGCUUAAAUCCAGCCAGGUUCAGUAUUUCGGCCGACCGAAGAUUUUUACUUCUGGCGCAAAAUGUUCAAAAACUCUUCAGACAUUCUUGUCUAGCCCAAUAUGCCGUAUACGACAUUGAAACAAGGGAUUACUACCACUUAACGCCGUUUCCCGAAGACGAGUCCUGGCCGUUCCUCCUGCACGCGGAAUGGGCGCCUCGAGUGCACGGCCUGAUCAUGGUUUACGACUACGACAUCUACUACCGUCCGGCGCCGAGGUCCGCGACCGGUUACCGGAUCACGAACACCGCCAUACCCGGAGUCGUCUACAACGGGGUACCGGACUGGCUUUACGAAGAAGAGAUCUUAUCAUCCAACACGGCCUUAUGGAUGUCAAACGACGGCCAUCUGGUCCUAUAUGCUUCGUUCAACGACUCUCAAGUAGAGGAGCAACAUUUUCCCUGGUUUGGAGUUGCCCAAGGAGCUUCUCUUUACCCAGAAAUGAGGUCACUCCGGUACCCUAAACCAGGAACCGCAAAUCCGGUGGCAAGACUGAUCGUGGCUGAUCUGGCAGACCCAAAAAAUAUCAGGACGAGUAUUCUAAAACCUCCUGCACCAUUAGCAGAUAAAGAACAUUAUUUUACUUCAGCUUCUUGGAUAUCUUUAACAGAAGUCUGUGUCGUUUGGUUAAAUCGACUACAAAAUCAUUCCAUAGUAUCUGUAUGCAAAAGUCCUGCAUGGAAUUGCCAAGAGACAAGUAGUGUAUCAGGAGCAGGACGAGGCUGGGUGGAAGCGACUCAUCCACCAGUUUUCUUUCCUGAUGGAAGUUCAUAUGUGACUUUAGCGCCCAUUCGCGAUGGGCCUGCCGGUUACUAUAGGCAUCUCGUCCAUGUACAUAUAAGCAAAAAGAGAGUUUUGCCUUUGACCCAUGGUCGAUUCGAAGUAAACAAAAUCGUAAAAUUAGAUCACAUCAAUGGCGUUAUCUACUACCUAGGAACUCCGCAAGGCCAUCCAGGUCGCCAGCAUUUGUAUAAAGUAUCCGCCAUGCCCCCAAGACAGGGGGCCUCAUUACCGCCACCGCUGUGUUUAACUUGCGAGACACAAUUGUCUUCAAUGGGGUCUGAAAAAAGUGUUACGACCCCAUAUGCUCCAUCACAUCGACAUGCUCAUGAUUGGGAUGACGAUUGGGACGCCGCUGGACAGGCGACAACUGUGGCUCCUACUCCACCUACAAAGAGAAGAAAAAAGAAGAAAGAACAACCAAAAACGCCGCCAAUUUGCCAAUAUUACAAUGCCGAGUUCAGUCCUGGAAGCUACCUAGUACUAGAAUGUCUAGGUCCAGGAAUUCCAACAGUUGGCCUAUUUAAAGCAAUGCCAUUGGAUUCAAAACUAAAAUUAGUCAUGCACAUGCAAAACAAUACACUGCUAAAGGAACGCAUAUCAGUAGUCGCUUUACCACAAGUCCGCACAUUUCCAGUCCAAAUUUCAGGAGGCUAUCAUGCCCACGUGAGGUUACAUCUGCCUCCUGGUUUAAGAGAAGAUGAAAUUACUAGAUAUCCCUUGGUCGUACACGUAUAUAGUGGUCCGGGUACCCAAUUGGUGACUGAUAGAUGGCACGUAGAUUGGAAUACGUAUUUAUCAGGAACCAAAGACUACAUCGUUGCCCAAAUUGAUGGUAGAGGUUCUUCUGGACAAGGUUAUAAACUAAUGCAUGAAGUCUAUCACAGACUUGGCAGUGUGGAAGUUGCUGAUCAGUUAGAAGUUACAGAGUAUCUGCGAGAUACGUUGCACUUUGUUGAUAAAAGAAGAGUGGGUGUUUGGGGCUGGAGCUAUGGGGGCUAUGUCGGAGCCCUAGCAUUAGCAAGUCCACUUGAACUUUUCCAAUGCGGUGUAUCAGUCGCACCGGUAACUUCAUGGAGAUUGUACGAUUCGACGUACACCGAACGAUACAUGGGCAUGCCGAAUGUUACUGCAAACUACAAAGGCUAUGAGGAUUCUGAAUUGCGCAGACAUGCUGAUUCUUUACGAGAUAAAUAUUUUCUUUUGGUUCAUGGAACUGCUGAUGACAACGUCCAUUUUCAGCAGAGCAUGCUGCUGGCAAGAGCCCUGGCCGAAAGAGGCGCCAUGUUUAGGCAACAGGUGUAUCCAGAUGAAGGUCACACUUUGGGAGGCGUAAAAAAACAUUUGUACCGGUCGAUGGCUACUUUUCUAGAAGAUUGCUUCAGAAAGCAAAUUCCACCAGAAGCAAAAGCUGGUUUAAGAAAUGGUGGAAGUAUAGGUGAAUAA